AUGACCCAAUCUCAAACACGUCGCAAUGAGCCUAUUGCAAUCGUUGGCAGCGGCUGCCGCUUCCCCGGGAGUGCCAGCAGCCCUUCUAAGCUGUGGGAACUUCUGAAGACCCCAAUGGACUUGGGGAGGAAAGUCCCCAAGGAGAGGUUCAACGUGGAUGCUUUCUAUCAUCCCGAUGGAGCCCACCAUGGUCGCACGAACGCACGAUUUGCCUACUUUCUUGACGAAGACCCUUACACCUUUGACCCAUCUUUCUUCAACAUUCCACCCAAUGAAGUCGACACAAUCGAUCCUCAACAGCGUCUCCUCCUAGAGACUGUCUACGAAGGUCUCUCCUCUGCGGGCCUCAAGGUAGAAGACCUUCGAGGCUCUCCCACCGCCGUCUACGUUGGUAUGAUGCAACGUGAUUUCCUCGACCACCAAAACUACGAUCUCGAUGCCCUCAACAUCUAUGCUGCCACCGGCACAUCCGCAUCUAUUCUUUCCAACAGAGUCUCCUACGUUUUCGAUUGGCACGGUCCGAGUAUGACCUUUGAUACCGCCUGCAGCUCCUCCCUCGUGGCCGUCCACCACGCCAUCGAGCACCUUCGAACGGGCUUAAGCCAGGUCGCCAUUGCUGCUGGCUCGAACUUGAUCCUGGGUCCAGUUCCUUUUAUCUCAGCCAGUAAGCUGAACAUGUUCUCACCCACUGGCCGUUCCCGAAUGUGGGAUGCCGCCGCGGAUGGGUAUGCUAGAGGCGAAGGCGUUGCCGCUGUCGUCCUGAAAACUCUCAGUCAGGCGAUCGCAGACGGGGACACUAUCGAGUGUGUUAUUCGUGAGAGUGGCAUCAACCAAGACGGCAAAACUGCGGGAAUCACAAUGCCGAACCAUGCAGCACAGGAAGCUCUCAUUCGCGAAGUCUACAAGCGAGCAGGCCUCGAUGUGACCAAGCCCGAAGACCGCUGCCAAUACUUCGAAGCGCACGGAACAGGUACUCCGGCAGGGGAUCCUCAAGAGGCUCAAGCCAUCUCUUCUGCUUUCUUCGGGGACAGGCAGCGUGCCGUCGAUGAAGAACCUCUGUACGUGGGUAGCAUCAAAACAGUCAUCGGGCAUACUGAGGGUACGGCUGGUAUUGCCGGCCUGAUCAAAGCUUCGCAGGCCAUUCAGCAUGGUCUACUACCGCCAAAUAUGCUCUUCAAUGAGCUAAGCCCACGGGUGGCUCCAUUCUACUCAGACCUCCAGCUUGUCACGAAACUCCAGCCCUGGCCCGAGCUCAAGUCCAACCAACCGCGACGAGUGAGUGUCAACUCGUUCGGAUUCGGCGGUACCAAUGCCCACGUAAUCGUGGAGUCCUAUACUCCCGCCUCGAAACCAGCAAUUGAUGCAGCCCUAACCCCAUCCCUUGCCCCGAUCACGCUCUCCGCCAAUUCAGAAGCCUCGCUGAAGGCCUCUAUGGAGGAGUUAAGUCAAUUCAUCAAAAGCCAGCCCAGCUUACGCCUACAAGACCUCGCCUGGACACUGCUAAAAAAGCGAUCGAACCUUCAAGUCCGCCAUGUCAUCCCAGCCAAGACGGUGCACUCUCUGUGCGAGGCUCUCGAGCGCGAUGCCGCUUUGGUGCAAGGGAAGCAGAGCAUCGCAACGGUCUCGGAUGUCAAGACCAAGCCCGAAGUGCUUGGUAUUUUCACCGGUCAGGGCGCCCAGUGGCCGACCAUGGGCAAGGCUCUCAUCUCGGAAGUACCUUAUGCUCGCGAUAUUAUCCUAGAGCUGGACCAGUCCUUGCAGGACUUGCCAGAGGAAUACCGACCCACGUGGAAGCUCUUGGAUCAGCUCCUCCUCGAGGGGGCAGACUCCAAUAUCGCUUGCGCAUUCGCCGCCGGAUUUAUAUCGGCGUCCCAAGCAAUUCGGAUUGCAUACCUUCGUGGCCUCACGUCAAGGCAUGCAGGUGGGCCGAACGGCAUCGAGGGCGCUAUGAUGGCCGCAGGCACCUCCUUUGACGAUGCAGUUGACCUAUGCGCUCUUGAGGCCUUUGAGGGCAGAAUGACUGUGGCAGCAAGCAAUGCGCCGGAAAGUGUUACCCUGUCCGGAGACAGAGAUGCCAUCCUCGAGGCUCAAGAGAUUUUCAACGACGAGUCAAAGUUCAACCGCCUCCUCAAGGUGGACAAGGCUUACCACUCUCACCACAUGCGUCCUUGCGCCGAGCCCUAUGUUGCAGCUCUCAAAGCUUGUGGCUGCGACGAGUUCAGUAUGGAUGUCGCACCCACGGCCACCUGGAUCUCGUCGGUCUACGAAGGCAAGCCCAUGAAGACUGAGGAUCUCAAGGCUGAGUAUUGGAGUGCUAACCUACUCUCUCCUGUUCUUUUCUCUUAUGCCGUCGAACAGGCCCUGGUAAAGCACAUGCCGCUCGAUAUUUGCGUCGAAGUGGGAGCUCACCCAGCUCUGAAGAAUCCUAGUCUCCAGACCAUUGAAAACUGCGCCGGUGCUCCGCUUCCAUAUGUGGGGUGCAUGGAGCGGAGCAAGGAUGACAUCGAAGCCUACUCUUCGUGCUUGGGCUACAUAUGGUCGCGCUUUGGCUCAGCUGCUGUCGAUGUCGAUAGCCUGUACAGCAGUCUCUCAUUGGAUGAGUCCCGCGCGCUUCGCAGUUGGCUUGGAGCAGAACGCCCCCAUCUUCUGCUCGGCAAGCAACUCGUCCACAGCAGUCCUUCAUCGAUCCAGUGGCAGAACUUUAUCCGGCAGCGUGAUAUCGAAUGGCUCGAUGGCCACUCCCUUCAGGGCCAGACUGUGUUUCCGGGCGCAGGCUACGUGGUCAUGGCCAUGGAGGCUGCCGUCAAGCAGGCCGGUGAUCGAGAGAUUCAGCUUCUGGAAGUCCUGAACCUCUCGAUCGACAAGGCCGUGACGUUUGAGGACGAGAACAGCAUGGUCGAAAUCAAUCUCAGUCUAGACGUCGACCCAUCGCAGACCACAGACACAUACGCCGUGUACAGCUUCGUCAUCAACUCUUGCCUUGCCAGAGAAACCGGUCUUACUCGCUCGGCGGCUGGGACGGUCGCUGUGACCUAUGGAUCAGGAUCACCUGAAAGCCUUCCUCCCCAACAGGGCGAACCGCCUCACCUGAACAAUGUCAGCAUCGACAGAUUCUACAACAUGCUCAGUGAGAUCGGGUACGGGUACACCAAGCAGUUCCGCGGCGUCAGCAACCUCAGACGCGGCGACAGCAAGGCUUGCGGCACUAUCGCCUUCCACCGUCUGGAGGACAACCACCGCAACAUGGUCCUGCAUCCUGCCACCCUCGACGUGGCCUUCCAAAGCUUCAUCGGAGCAUACACUGCCCCUGGCGACCGACGCCUGCGAUCUCUCCUGGUGCCGACUGGCAUUGACCGUAUUGCGCUGAACCCGUGGGUCGCGGAUCGCAUCCACGCCCUGUCCAGCCAGGUCGAGUUCAUCUCCACCAGUGCGGUGAGCGUCGGAAACACCGUGGCAGGAGACAUUGAAGUCUUCGACCCGGAGACCGACGCCACCAUGAUCCACAUCGAGGGCCUCAGCUUCAAGCCAUUCUCCCCGCUCUCGGCUGCCGAUGACCAUAAAAUGUUCUCCAAGUGGAGCUGGGGUCCCAUCAACCCCGAGCCCUUGCUCGAUGACAGUAGGUACCACGCCACCGAGCAGGACAGGAAGGACGUGGCAGUCAUCGAGCGAAUUACGUACUGGUACAUCAAAGCGUUCCUCGCGAGUCUCACGGCGGAAGACCGCGAGCACGCCGCCUUUCACUUCACGAAGCAUAUCCAGUGGUGCGAGUAUAUCAUCGCCGAGACGGAGGCGGGCCGCAAUGUGUGGUACGAGCCAGGCUGGGAGCAAGACACGAAAGCUGAUAUCGAAGAGAUGAUUCGAGAAAACGUGGCGCAUCCCUUCGUCCGCCUCAUCCAGAGAGUCGGUGAAGGCGCCUUGGAGACCCUUCGCAACAACGAGAACGCCUUUGACCUGAUGGACCACGAUGGCUUGCUCACCGAGUUCUACGGCGGCACCGUCAGCUACGGGCAUUCCUACCACUACUAUCAAAGACUCCUUGCGCAGAUCAAUCAUCGGUAUCAGAACCUGGAUGUUCUCGAAAUUGGCGCGGGUACUGGGGGUGCGACACGCUACACCUUCACGGAUAUCUCCAGCGCGUUCUUCGAGCAAGCGGCCAAGGAGUUCGAGCAGCAUGCGGACAAGAUGGAUUUCCGCCCGCUCGACAUCCGCCGUCCGCCAAGCGAGCAGGACUUCAAGCCCAACUCGUACGACUUGAUCAUUGCCUCCAACGUGCUCCACGCCACGCCGAGGCUGGAAGAGACUCUGGCCAAUGUGCGAUCACUGCUCAAGCCCGGGGGCCGGUUGGUGGUCAUUGAAGUGGCACACCGUGAGCACACCCGUAUUGGAUUCAUCUUCGGUCUAUUCCCGGAUUGGUGGGCUGGGCACGACGAAGGGCGUGUCCUUGAACCGUUUAUCUCAUAUGACCGGUGGGACACACUGCUGAGGAAGACGGGGUUUUCGGGAGUCGAUAGCCGCACGCUUGACCCGGACAGCAGGGUCUUCCCCAACGGCGUGUUCGCUACUCACGCGGUCGACGACCUGGUGCAAAGGCUGGACUCGCCACUGGCGGCCCCCGUCAAGGAAUCCUACGCACCGCUGGUGGUGAUUGGGGGUUCCUCGCCGAAGACGAGUGCGCUCGUGGCUCAGCUUCCAGUCAUCUUGCCAGCGCGCACAUGGGAGACCGUCCCCUCCAUCCGGGAGAUCAUCGACUUCGACUAUCAGCCUGGGUCCACGUUUAUGGUGCUCUCGGAGCUGGAUCACCAUACGUUUGCGGGGUUCGAUGAGGAGCAACUCGAUGCCCUCCAGACCAUCUUCAACGCCGCCAACCAUGUCCUGUGGGUCACGGAGGAUGCCUGGGUUGAGAAUCCUCAGCAGGCCAUGACCAUCGGCUUCCUUCGCACGCUCCGCAUGGAAUAUCCGGACGUGCAUAUCCAGGUGCUGGAUGUGGAGAAGGCGGAAAGUCUACGACCUGAGGUGCUGGUCGAAACCAUUCUGCGCUUGGAAGAUGGUACGAACUGGCAGGAGAGCGGUAUUCUGUGGACAGAGGAGCCGGAACUGUACUUGUCUGAUGGCAAGGUUGUUGUGCCGCGGCUCAAGCCGGAUGUCGACAGGAAUAAUCGACUGAACUCUGGCCGUCGUCCCAUUCUGGUCGAUCUGGAUCCGAGACAGGAGACUCUGACUCUGGAAUACGAUGACGAGCAGCCUUUUUUCAGGUUCCAUGAGGAGCGCUUUGUGCCCCUGGCGGUUGACGAGACCUUUGUGACGGUCCAGGUGGAGUACUCUCUUGCCAAAGCGAUCAGAACCGGCCAGCUGGGCUAUUUCUAUCUGAUUCAGGGCAGGGUUGCUGGAUUCGACGGCACGGUGGUGGCUCUCUCUGAGACCAACGCUUCCUCUGUUCAAAUCGCUUCCCACCGGCUUGUUUACAUCACGAGCAAGGCGGAAUCGACAACCUCUGUGCUGCCAGGCAUCGCAGCAGAGCUCAUCGCACAGACCCUGCUGUCGGAUCUUGCUGCAGGGUCAUCCGUACUGAUCUUUGAGCCUCCCAUGGUCUAUGUCGAGCCUCUGGGCCGUCGCGCAGCGGCUGCUGGUAUCCCACUCGCCUUCGUAUCCACCAAGGCUGCUCCGGAAGUGGACGGUAUCCGGUGGAUUCGACUGCACGAGAAAGAGACACUGCGUAACCUUCGCCAGGAUCUGCCGCUGAACGCUUCAGUGUUUUAUGAUUUGUCUCCCGAAAAGAAUCCCGCCAGCCUAAACCACCGGCUGAAGAGAUGCCUCCCGUCAAGCUGCUCUAUUCGCCGAAUCGACCAUUUGUUCCAGAACGUUGCUACGCCGAUUUCCGUCGAAAGCGCAGCCGCGUCUCAGUGUCUGGCGGAGGCUGUCAGGGUAGCAAACAAGGCCAGCAACAGCCACGGUGGGUUGAUACUCAAGGGUAAUGAGAUAUUGUCUUUAAAAGAGGGUCCGGAGGUGAAUGCAGUUGUCGACUGGAAGUCAGAUCAGAUCAUCCCCAGCCGUGUCCGCUCGAUGGAGACCGAUCAGCUAUUCGUGGACAAUAAGACGUAUCUGCUGAUUGGCCUUGCUGGUGAUCUGGGUCGUUCGAUUGCUCGCUUCAUGGUCGAGCGCGGCGCCCGCCAUGUGGUCUUGUCAAGUCGCUCUCCGAAGAUUGACCAGCGCUGGAUCGACGACAUCACCCUGCUUGGGGGCAACGUGAUGGUUCUACCGAUGGAUGUUUCCAACGAGGGCUCGGUCGACGAAGGUCUCGCUCGAGUCCGGGCCUCUAUGCCGCCGAUUGCCGGUGUGGCCUUUGGACCACUUGUCCUCCAGGAUGUCAUGUUCAAGAACAUGGACCUGUCGAUGCUGGAGAUGGUGCUUGCGCCCAAGGUAACGGGGGCUCGUCUGCUCAACGAGCGUCUCUCGGAUCCUGCCAACCCGCUGGACUUCUUCGUCAUGUUUUCCUCCUUCGUCAUGGUCUCCGGCAAUCCGGGACAGGCCGCGUACAGCGCUGCGAAUGCAUACACGCACGCGCUUGCUCAGCAAAGACGCGCUCGGGGGAUGGCUGCAUCGACCAUCGACAUUGGCGCCGUGUUCGGUGUCGGCUUCAUUGCGCGAGCGGGUCGUGAACACGAGUACGAUGUCGUCAAGUUCAUCUUCGACGAGGUCAACGAAUGGGAGCUGCAUUCCCUCUUUGCAGAGGCCGUGGUUGCUGGUCGCGACUGGGAGACCACGGAUGUCGAGGUCAUCACCGGUAUGCCCUACAUGGAUCCUGCGAACCACGACCGAAUCCCCUACUUCGACGACCCACGCUUUGCGUAUAUCAAGCUGUCCGAUCACCACACCAAGGGCGAGGACGCCGCUGGGGUGGUCGGGUCCGUCAAAGACCAACUUCUCAAGGCCGAAACUAUGGAAGACGUUCGCGCCAUCAUCCUUGACGGCCUCUCCGGCAGGAUCCGGGGAGCUUUACAGCUCACUGCGGCGGAUGAGCUCAAUCUGACCGUGCCUCUGAUCGAUCAGGGCGUGGAUUCGCUCAGCGCCGUUACCGUCGGCUCAUGGUUCACCAAGAACCUGAGCAUCGACAUUCCCCUUCUGAAGAUCCUUGGUGGUGCCUCGGUCGCUGACCUGAUCGACGAGGCUGUCUCCCGCUUGACACCUGAAGCUAUCCCCCUGGCCAUUUCUACGUUGCUGGAAAUUGCAGGACAGUCUGCCACUGAGGCGCAGCCUAUCCCGCCGUUGUCGACUGUGGGUGCGUCCGACGAAUCCUCGUUCUCUGUCGUCGACUACGACGAUGUUGCGACGCCCCCAUCUCCGCGCUCCUGCGAUGAAGAUGGCUUUGAACGUCAAGUCCCACUUUCCCUCACGCAGGAGUACGCCUGGAAACAACAGCAACUUCCCUUGGAUCCGGCGACGUUCAACAGCACCAUCGGCAUCUACAUGCAUGGACCCCUCAAUCUGAACCGCCUCGGAUGGGCAUUCAAUCAAGCACUGCAGCGGCACGACGCGUUCCGUACCUGUUUCAUCGCCGAUCCGGACGGCGCGGCGCAGCCCAUCCAAGCCAUCCUGCGGUCCCCGCGAGUGCACUUCGAAGUGGUCAAAGUGGCAGACAAAGCCGCCGCCGAGCAAGGGUUCAGGGAUCUCGAAAGCUACAAGUACGAUAUAGCGAAGGGCGACACCCGGAAGACCGUCGUCUUCCAGUGGUCGCCCACCGAUCACCUUCUGAUCAUGGCCUACCAUCGUUUUGUCGGGGAUGGCUGGACGACCGAACGCCUCUUCGUCGAGGUCGGCCAGUUGUACGAGGGCGUCCAGCUGGAGGCGGCGCCGAGCUAUGCCGACUUCGCCCUCCGCCAGCGCCAGCAGCUCGAAUCCGGCGCAUUCAACGACGACCUGCAGUAUUGGGGCGGCCUGUUCGAGACCCUUCCCGCCCGACUGCAGACCCUCAACGUCCCCGGGGCCAACGCGAGCACCACGCCGACCACCUGGACCGAGCACGAGGUGACCGCACGCCUCAGCCGGAUGGUCGCCGUGCGCAUCAAGGACCGCAGCCGCAAGCACAAGGUGACACCGAUGCACUACUACCUGGCCUCGUACGUGGUGCUGCUGGCGCGCCUGUCCUCCGGCACGGACGUGGUCGUCGGCGUGGCGGACACCAACCGGCCCACGGGCGCCGACCAGACCACGAUGGGCUUCUUCGCUGACUUCCUGCCCGUGCGGAUGCACUACCACGCGGACCAGAUCUUCAACGAGGUCCUCAUGGCCACGAAGGAACAAAUGCGCGCGGCGCUGCUGCACAGCGCCGUGCCCUACGGGGCGAUGCUCGAGCGGCUGGGGCUGCCCGCCCCCUCCGCGGCGGACCCGCACUCCCACGCGCCGCUGUUCCAGGCCGUCUUCGACUACAAGCAGGGCCAGGCGGAGAGCGGCACCAUCGGGGAGGCGAAGAUCGUGGACUCGCGCACCCCGCGCGCGGCAUCGCCGUACGAUAUCACCCUGGAGAUGAGCGAUGACCCGUCCAAGGACCCGUUGAUCACGGUCAAGUUGCAGGCGGAGCGGUACGGGCCCCGGGAUGCGGAGGUGGUCAUGGACGCGUACCUGUCCAUUCUUAGUAUCUUUUCGAGGAACCCAGCGCUGCGGGUGGAGGAUGGACGGUUGGAUCAGGGGGCCAAGUCGAGGGCUUGAUGGAGCAGUGGUGUUGCAGUAUUGUGCAUUUGAGCUGUGAUCCUCGCCCUGUCCAGAUCAGAUCUAAUCCUGAAUAUAUAUUUCUACAUCACUUGUUCGACAGCAUCAAAGUUACUGCUGCCGGAAUAGGGGAUUCACGAGAUAUCACGAUCACACUAGAUAAGAUCUAGGGUAG